AUGGUGGUGGUGGUGGUUGUUCUGGUUCUGAGUUUUGGUGGUGGUGGCGGUGGUGGUUGCAUAAUUUUGGAGAAGAAAGAAGAAUUUUGGAAAGGAAGGGAUAGGGGCAUUUUGGUCCGAAGGACGUUUGAUGCAGAAACCAGAAAGUUGAAGACUUUUCAGCUCAAGGCUGGAUUUUGGGAGUCAAUUAAAUCUGGGUUGAUUAAGAACAACACUACACAAGUUGUUGAUCCACCCAAUGUAGAUGAAGAAGAUGAAGAACCUUUGCCUCAAGAGUUUGUCCUUGUUGAAAAGACUGAACCUGAUGGAACAAUUGAGCAAAUAAUAUUUUCUUCAGGUGGAGAUAUUGAUGUUUAUGACCUUCAAGCUCUCUGUGACAAGGUAGGGUGGCCACGGAGGCCAUUGUCGAAAUUAGCUGCUGCUUUAAAAAAUAGCUAUAUUGUAGCCUCAUUGCAUUCUGUAAGAAAGUCUCCGGGGUCAGAGGGGAAUGAACAAAAGAGAUUAAUCGGCAUGGCUCGUGCUACUUCAGACCAUGCCUUCAAUGCCACAAUUUGGGAUGUCCUAGUUGAUCCUGGUUACCAGGGCCAAGGUCUUGGUAAAGCUCUUGUAGAGAAACUGAUUCGAGCUCUUUUGCAAAGGGACAUCGGCAAUAUAACUCUGUUUGCAGAUAGUAAAGUUGUGGAUUUCUACCGGAAUUUAGGUUUUGAAGCUGACCCUGAAGGCAUAAAAGGCAUGUUUUGGUACCCAAAUUACUAAUGGCAACCAUUGAUUAACUUUGCAACCAAUGUGUAUGCAAGUUUAUAUCUUGAUUUUAUAAUAUGAAAUUACACAGAAUUGACAUCAAUUUGUAAUUAUUAUUAUUGCGUUAGGCGCUAGUAUUUUUCCUUUUUAUAUCCAAAUUAUUUGAUUAAAGAAUUAGAUUCACAUAUAAAAACUUGAGUAUUUACUUUGUACUUGAACAAAAAAUGUGACAAUGUUGGUUA